CGAUAGAAAGUGUAACAAAAACAGAAUGGGAUAUAUAUCCCUCGAGCACUCAAAAUCAGAAUUCCGAGAUCCCAUAUUUAAUUACUUCCGUACCUUCGUUGUUCGUAAGUUAACUCCAAAACCCAAUUGGGUACAAGAGCACCUCAGCGCUGCUAUUACACAGUAGACGACUGAGAGUGAGAGCAUAUAAAUACCAAUAUAACGACUAUCACCUUCAUCUUCUUCUUUCAACUGCCUCUUUCUCUUUCUUCCCCUUUCUUGAGCAUCCAAAAACUGGCCUUUUGCAGUAAAAUUUCUUUAUAAUCAAAUAGUCAAUCAGAUUUGUACAUAUCUAGAGAGGGGUGGGAAAUGAGAUACCGAGAGAGACAUUUGUUUGAUCUGAGGUGCAUGAUGAACAGGGUAGGAAUUGGGCUAUUACUAGAAUUUCUGUUGGUGGUGAAUUGGAUGAUGGCUGGAGUAAAGGGUUCGAUUCAUGAGUACAGGAAUGCUGCGUUCAUACCCCAGUACAAUUCUUUUUUCUUUCUGGGAGGCAACGAAGGUCUUCAUGCUUCAAGGGUUGUUGGUGACACUCAGAAAAACUCUUCUGAUGAUUCCAGUAAUCCUCUUGACGGCAAGUCCUUUAUCAGGUUUGACUCCAUCUCUUUUAGGCGAACCAAGGAGGCCGCAAACAAGCAGAAUGAGAUGCAGCAGAGUACUGGAACAGUUGAAGCCAUCAUAGUUGAAGUGAAGGACAGGAACAAGAUUGGGGGCUCUUUUAUGAACUCUGAUGCUAUAUGCUGCACUCCGGCUCUAGCUAAAGAUGGAUCCUGCAAGUUAGGAGAGGUUAUAAUUCGCCAGGAGCCUGAUAAUCCUGGUUGGCCAAUGCGGAUUCAAACCUCCUUUGAAGGAAAAAAUGAAGAGGCAACAAUGGUGCUCAAAACUGUUGAGAUCAACAAAACUGGGAUGUACUAUCUAUAUUUCAUGUUCUGUAAUCCAGAGCUCCGUGGCACAUUAAUUAGUGGAAAAACUGUCUGGCAUAACCCAGAUGGUUAUCUACCUGGGAAGAUGGCUCCACUUAUGUCAUUUUAUGGAUUUAUGUCUCUGGCAUAUCUUGCGCUUGGUCUAUUCUGGUUUGUUCGGUUUGUGCAGUGUUGGAAAGAUGUAAUACAACUGCACUACCAUAUAACUGCUGUAAUUGGUCUGGGUAUGUGUGAAAUGGCUCUUUGGUAUUUUGAAUAUUCAAAUUUUAAUGCUGUUGGUUACAGACCAAUGGCAAUUACCCUUUGGGCCGUUUCCUUCAGCGCUAUCAAAAAGACUGUGUCUCGCCUUCUCCUUCUGGUGGUCUCGAUGGGCUAUGGCAUCGUGCGGCCCACCCUAGGUGGCGUCACCUCAAAAGUAUUUCUUCUUGGUAUAAUAUAUUUAAUGGCUUCAGAAGCCCUUGAGCUCGUUGAACAUUUGGGAAAUAUCAAUGAUUUUUCUGGGAAAGCAAGGCUAUUUUUGGUGCUACCAGUGGCUGUCUUGGAUGCCACAUUUAUCCUUUGGAUUUUCUCAUCAUUAUCUAAAACGUUGGAGAAACUUCAGAUUAGAAGGAGCAUUGCUAAACUUGAGCUCUACCGAAAGUUUACAAAUGCUCUUGCAGUAUCUGUUCUGCUUUCUGUUGCUUGGAUUGGCUAUGAGUUAUACUUUAAUGCAAGUGAUCCAUAUAGUGAACUGUGGCGAACAGCCUGGAUUAUCCCAGCUUUCUGGACUUUGCUUGCUUACUUACUGUUGACAGUAAUAUGUGUCCUAUGGGCACCAUCGCGCAAUCCUACUAGAUAUACAUACUCAGAUGAGACAGCUGAAGAUGAGGAGGAGGGCGUACCCUUGACCAGCAGUGGAGUAAAAGUAGCUGGAGAUUUAGCAACCAAAUUGGAGAGAAAGGAAAGAAAAGCUUCAAUUACAUCUGAUCAUGUAUUUGGACUAGGAGAAGAUCUUGAAGAGGACAAGAGAGAAUAGUACCCUACUAUCUUGUAUCUCUCAUGGUUCAUAGAUUCAUGUUACAUGCACGAGUUUGGCUACAUUUUCGUGUUUAUGUUGCAAAGGCUGCAGAAAGAUUAUACCAUAGAAUUGCGAGUCAAAAAUAUUGCAGUAGAUCUCUUACCUGUGCCAUAGUUUUCUGUUACGGAUUGUUUUUAUGUGGCGGUUGGGUUUCUGAUAAGCUGAGGAGUCCAAGAGGUUUAUGCAUGAAGGCAUUGGAAGCCAUAAGGCUCGUAAAUCAUUAGUUUCCUCUUACGAUUUUUCUUUUUUUUUUGGGGGUUUUGUUUUUGGGGGGCGGGGGGUUGCUGGGAGAAUUGACUAUGACAGCUCGGCACGAACCUUUUUCUAUGGACGUGCAGAAUUUUGUUGUUGUAACUUUGCCAGUCUUUACCAUUUGAGCUGUCCAAGAUGAGUACUCUAUGCACUGAGAGGAAUUUCAUGGGAGUUGUAAAAUGAUUCUAGGAUCUUGUAUUUAUAACCCUCUAGUGGGUUUGCCAAUAUCGAUAAAUUUUGUCAAAAAGAUUGCUAUGGCUCAUAUGAAAUUUGAAGGUCCGUCUUUCUA